GAGACUUUUCAACUGCUCAUCCUCCUCCUUAUUGAGCCAAUUCAUCCUGUAAUAAAUCAUGGCAAGACCUUCCCUUCGAUUGCUUUCCCUAACCCUCUUUAUCUUGUAUAGUGCUGAUAUUACCAAGUCCACUGUCCCGACAAAUUUCAUCGAGGCCUCGUGUAGUGCCACCCGCCAUCCAGAGUUAUGUGUUAAAUCUCUCUCGAUCCAUGCCAAUGCUAUCCAAAAAAACCCAUACAUAUUGACCCAAACUGCCUUGACGGUGAGCUUGGCAUUAGCUGAAUCCACAAAGGCAAACAUGUUGAAGUUGACCAGCAUUAAGGGACUCAAGGCCCCUGAGUAUGGGGCCUUAAAGGAUUGUUUGGAUCAGAUUGAUGAUAGCGUGGACCGACUUAGCCAAUCAAUACGAGAGAUAGAGAAAUUGAGCGAAGCUCAAGGUGAGGAUUUCAUGUGGCACAAGAGCAAUGUCCAAACUUGGAGCAGUUCUGCGCUAACUGAUAUAAAAACUUGCGAAGAGGGGUUCUCAGGACAGACUUUGGAUGGAAAAAUUAAGGCUUCGGUACAAGGACAAGUUACUAAUGUUGAGCAACUUAUUAGCAAUGCACUAGCAUUAAUUAAACAAUGUGAAGCCAAACAUUGAACCAUUACCAUUGCUGUUACACAAAUUAUGGGGCAAUAUGUGAGAACGAGAAAUUUUAUAGCUAAAUAAGAAAAUAAUAAUUAUUGGUUCAUUGUGAUACUUAAUCAUUUUUCCUUUUGUUACUUCUUGGUGUUAGUAGUACUUUAACCCAAGAAGAAAUCCAAAGAAUUUUCUUUUAUUUUGUUGGUAAAUAAAAGGUAAAUUUGAAUUUAGCCUAUUGUUUGUAUUGUUAAACCAAUCCAAAUUGUAGAAUCCUCAAAUUCAAUAAAUACUUAUACUUAAUGUAAA